GUUGCUGCCUUUUCCUGCAGGGGUGGCUCCCUGCCUGGUUUGUCAAGUUUUGAUAUUUUGAUGAGCUGGAUCUACCUCCUGGGUCUCCUGGUAAGUCUGAUCUGGAACAACGCCGCGGCUACAGCUUUCACGAGUGGGGCGCCCGUCUCCCGACUGGAGGCGAAGAGAGCGGCCGACCGCUUGCAGAACCACCACUCGGCAUCCACAUUGCCGGUGAAAGUGUACCAUAUCCUGGGCCUGGCUACGGAAGCAAUGGCAGCCAAGCAACCCUGGACAUGCGGAUGCGGACAGAAGGUCAAGGCCUCAGCCAGUUUCUGCGGGAAAUGCGGAAAGCCCUGGCAGGCCGCCCCACAGCCAUCGUGGGAUCAGUGGCAGGAGACGGAGACCUAUGCCACGUACGCGGUGGAUGCUCCAUGGCAGGCCUCAGGAUGGGAACGUCACCCAUCCCCCCGGCAGAGGGGCGGAGCACCAUGGAGAGCCCCCUCGCCGAGAUCGAGGGGCAAAGGACAGGGUGCCAAGAUGGGCAAAGGUGGGAAAGGAAAGCCGGCCCCCAAGGGGAAGCCGCCCGAGCAAGGGCAACAGAUCCCUACGCUACAAGGCCUCCCUACAGCACCAGUGGCAACCCUUCCGACGCGCACGCCUGCGCCCACUGCACCGGCCCCAUCCUUGGGAGCCGCGACGCAAGGAGAGGAUCGCAAAUUGCUGACGGAGCUGAUGGCAGCUAUCAACACGGACCAGCUGUCACCGGACUUACAGCGGCGAUUGGGGGCGAUCUCUCAGGGCGACGUGCAUCAACAUGGACGUCAGAUGCACAAGCUCGUCUCGGAGAAGACGGCCCUUCAGAAGGAGCUGGACAAGCUGCGUAUAGACAGGGCAGUGUACAAUGCUGCCUGGGAAACGUACGUGGUGGGCCUACUAGAACUGUGGGCCAAGCAAGGCGAGACAAGGAUGCAGACGAUGCAAAGCUACUCCACUGCCGAAGAGGAGUUGUCAGUGAAGCUGGCGAAUGCUGCAACGGCCUUGGCGACGGCUGCAGCAGGAGGCAGCACAGGGGACGGCAAAGGUCCCCAGCUGAUCAACGACGACAUGGAGGAGGACGAAGAGGCCGAGCUGAUGGUGGACAAAGCGAUCGAGGUGGAGGCCACGAUCCGGGCGAAGAACAAGGCCACACACGAGCAGAUACAGCUACAGCACGCGAAGGUUCUCGGCCUGCUGCAGCAGGCCAAGGAAGAGGCUGCAGCAUCGGCUGCCGAUUCAGCCAGACAGCGAGAAGGCAGCAGAACGCCACGUCGGCACAAGGGCAACGACGCGCCGGCCUUCGAUUUCAAACCCGGAGGUGCCACAGGAAUGGACAAGCCGGCAACAGAAGCCGGCCAAGGGCCACAAGAUGGCUUGCCCCCUGGUGGGGCCCGCUAA